AUGAGUGCCGAGACUGCCCCCAACCAGAACUGCGUCCACGCUGGAACUGUGCACCACCACUCGCUGUGGACGCCAGAGAACGAACGCCAGGACGUGACGUCAGGGCCGAUCCGCGAGAACGUGCGGCCGAACCUCGUCCGCACCGCUGGUCCUAGAGCGGCGCUCGCCGGGGGCCCCGACGUCCCCGAGGCGGCAGCUGGCGGCGCGCCGGAUGCCAGGGGUGCAGCGGUCUUCUUCGCCAGUGCGGAGCGUUGGGGGCCUCGGGCGGAACGAUUGUUCGGUGAGCAGUUCUGCGAACGCAGUGCGAUGGUCUGCUCUGAGACGCACCCGAGCGAGGCGAGGCACUUGGGAGCGACCACCAGCUCGGCUCGCAGCACGUGGCUCGCCACAGGAGCAGCAGCGUGGAACUCGACCAGCGCCGAGACAGGCGCCAGAGGCGGCGAGCGCACUGCCGCGAGGAGCGACGUGGCCACGUCCACCUUCAGCCCUCCGGGAGCGGCCGCCCAGCGAGGGGCCCGCGACGCGCUGCUGCAAGGCUUCGCGCCGCUCACCCUGCACCUCGAGCAGGGCAACAUGGUUGUGGUGGCGGCGUACUUCUUCCCAGUCGCGCCGGCGGACUGGAGCGCCACGCCGUCUGGGUCCCAGAACACGGGCUGCCCUGAGAAGGUUGGAGGCCAGCUGCUUCUGCCCUCGGACACGGAGGCCGCCCACUUCAAAUGCAGCGGCCUCAUCGAUUACGCAGUGAUCUCGGUCGGCGCGGUGGACAUGACGAGCCUCGGCGCGGUGCUGGACGCGUCGCGGCAGACCCACUGCGGCCUGGAGCUCCGGUCGACGGCGGGCGCGGAGGUGCGGGCCGCGCCGGGCACGGGCGCGACCGCCGAGGGGGAGGCAGCGGCGGCCUCUGCGCAGCGGUUUCAUGAGGAGUCGAUUAGAGGCGAGCGACGUGUACUCCAGGCUGUCCUCGGCGGCGAGUCGGCCGAGGACGCGGCGGCGGCCGCCGACGCAGACCCCGCAUUCCAGGGCCCCCCCCGCAGCGGGGCGCCGGUCGCCUCCCUCUGCGGAGGUUGGCUCAUGGCGAGGCUCUUGCGCCGGGCCAUCGCGUCGCAGCUGCAGCAGGUCGGCCCGCCCGUUCUGCGCAGGGGCCCCUGGGAUUUUAUCGACGAUGCCGUGGCGCGGUUCGAGCACCUGGCGCUGCCGUCGGCGCGGGGGCGCCUCGCGGCGAACGUCGUCACGGACGACUGUUCCGUCAAGACGGCGUCGGUGGCUACCUCCAGGCAGCUGCCCCGCGACGCGCCCGAGAAGCUGGCCCGAGGUGGUCGCGCCCUGGUGCGGGUGGCGGUUCUGCCAGCCCGGCCCGCGCGGCCGCGUCGCGAGGGUCUGGCCCGGGGCGCCGGCACUCAGCCCUUCGGCGCGCAGGCGCCCGGCGCUGGAGGAGAGUGCGAGGCCGAUGGGGGCGCCGCAGGCGACCCUGCCGGACCCGGACUGGCCGCCCCGCUCGGCGGCGGCCUGGGCUCGCCCAUGGAGGGCGAGGACGGGCGGGGGCUCGCAGGUGCGCGGGGCGAGGACUUCCACGCCGACGCCGGCUUCCAGGGCGUUCUCGACGACGUCGAGGAGGUCUUGAGGGGCCAGCUGCGGCGCCAGAUCGCGCGGCACGACGAGGGCACGAGGAGGGCAAUGCGCUGGGCAGCGAGCUCUGCCCACGCUGCUCUGGCGCCCGCGAGACGCUGGCGCGCGAGAUCUGGCAUCUGCCAACUGCGGCAGUUCGACACCACCGGCGCGCUUAUGCCGAAGGUGCUGGCGGGCCACGAGACGGCAUCCGGGCCGCGGAUGCGGGCCGUUCCAGCGGUCGGCCAGACGACGCCCAUCUACGGCGACUGCCAGGCGAUGCAGGGCGUGGCCACCACGGGCCAGUACUCGCACCGUGGCUGGACGGCGCUGCGGCGGGGCCGCGCGGAGCCGCUGCUGGGGCGCUCGAGGCGGCGGGCGGCGACGCCCGGUGGUCAGGGCGCCCAGGAGGUACACCAACACCUGCUGAAGUCGAAGCUGGACUUCGAGCGCGCCCUGGGCACCGUGGUGGCCGACCAGCUCGCUAGCGCGGGGGCGCGCGGGGAGCCCCAGGCCGCGCCCCUGUGGCGGCGGCCGGCCCGCCCCGCCGGCUGGGCGGCGACGGCCGCGCCCGGCCCGCGCUCUUCCGAGCCGCCACAGCAGUGGCCGACCGCCAUGCUGUCGAGCCGCUCCGCGUCACCGAGCACGGCAUUCUCCAGGGGCCAGAACUCCGAGCAGGUGCAGUUCGAGGCCCAGAACACAGUGUUCGGCCACCUCCUCACCAAGCAGGCCGAGCAGAAAGAGGCGGGCAAGGUCGAGGCCAUCGAGUUCGCCGGCAUCUUCGCCGAGACAGACAAGCGCAGCUGCGAGAUGGUCUGCGCCGUUUCCCGGGCGACGCGCGUCGACGCGACCGAAGACGCGUUCGACGCCUUCGACGGCGACGACCAGCAUCUCGUCGAGCUCUUCAAGCCGCCGCCGAGCUUGCGGCCCGCGCUGCUCCAGAACGCCAAGAAGAAGGGCGUCGAGCUCGGCGCCGAGAACGUGGGCACGUUGAGCUACGGUGGUUAUUUCCAGCGCAUCCAGGCUGGGCUGGGCGAGCCCCGCGCCGGCCUCCAGGCGCUCUGCCAGACGCGCCGCCCCGCGGACAGGCGCCCCACGCCCGCGCUGCCCAGCUGCAAGGGGGGGGCCGAGAAGACGCUCGAGCCCGCCCGCAACCCGCCCGCGGAGGGCCGGCAGCUCCAGGACAAGAAGCUCCAGGGCCAGAAGCUCCAGGACCUGCCGCCCAUGGACAAGAAGCUCGAGACGCCGCAGAGGCAGGGCGCGCUUGCCACGCGCAGCUUGCGCUUGGCGACUGGAGCGCGGUUCGCGGCCGUCGGGCGCCAUUUCUCCCUGGCGCGCUCGAACGAGCGACGUGCUAUAACGGCCAGCCUCGGCGCCGGGAAGGGCGUCCCAGAGCACUCGGCCCGCGCAGGCGAUGCGUCUUGCAUUGUCCCUGGCAGCGCGGCCGACGAGUCCUUGGUGGGCCCGUCGAUCGUGGGCAGCGGCAUCGCGGCCGCGCAGUCAGCUGUGAUUUCUUUGCUCUUGAAGCAGACUGCACCCCCGAGGCUGACCGUCAGCACCCCCAGUGGUGGUGGCGGCCUCCUGGCCACGGCCGUCGAGGCGGCGGCGGGGGGCCUGGGCGCGCCUCUGACGCUCCUGCUGCAGGCGCAGGAGGCGCUGGCCGUGCAGAAGAAGGAGAUGGAGCUGGAGCGGGACCACUACCUUCCGAGAUUACGCGCCGAGCUGGACGAGGAGCGGGUGGCAUGGCGGACGGAGUUGAGUCAGAUGUCCGUCAGCCUCGGCGCCGCGGAGGAGAGGCUGCGCCAGUCGCGCGAGGACAUGGCCCGGGAGCGGCAGGAGGCCGAGCGGCUGUGCGAGGACGAGGUCGGCCAGGUCCAGCGGAGGCUCGCGAACGCAGAGGAGCUCCUGCAGGAGGCGGCCCUGCACCGGACCCGGGACGCCGAGGAGUCUGGGCGGCGGCUGGCCGAGGAGGAGGCCCGGCGCCUGCAGCUGGAGGCCGCGGGGGCGCGCGCGCUGGAGCUCGCGGAGGAGGCCAAGGCGAGGGCGGGGGCCGACCAGGCAGAAGGCGCCGCGCGCGCCGCCGCGGAGCAGCGCACGCUGGCGGAGGAGCUGGAGGCGGCCAGGGCCAGGGAGGCCGCGUGCGAAGGCGCCAGCCUCGAGGCCCGAGAACACGCGCGCGCGGACGCAGAGCGGCUCCGCCGACAGUCCGAGGCGUUCCAGGAGGAGUUGGCCGCGGCCGCGGUCGCGGCGUGCAGCACAGGCGCGGCGUGGGCCGCGAAGCUGGGCCCGCUCGAGCAGGAGUGCGGCGACUCGCGGGCCGAGCUUUCGCAGGAGCGGCGGCGCGCCGAAGAGGCAGCCAGCGCCCGGCGCGAGGCGCUGCGCGAGGUCGGCGAGCGGGCGCUGGGGCUGGAGGAGCAGGCCGACCGGCUCGCCCUGGAGGAACGCCUCGCCGCUUCGAGGGCCCGCGGGGCAGUGGAGGAGGCGGAACAGGCCCGCGCACGCUGCGGCGACGCACGCCUGGAGGCGGACCGCCUGGCCGCGCAGGCGUCCGAGCUGGCCGCCGCGUUGGCGGAAGCCUCGGCUCGCGCGGCCACCGCGGAGGAGGCCGCCGAGUGGAACGGCGCCCGGCUGGCGGGGUCUGAACACGCUUGCGCGGAAGCGCGGGCGCGGGAGGCCGCACAGUCCGACGAGGCGCUGGCCCUGCGGCGCGCACUGGCCGACGCGAGGGCGGAGGCGGCCGAGGAGCAGACCCAGCGCGGCCGCGACCUGCAGGCCUUCACGCUGGAGCUGCGACACCGCAGGGAGGAGGACGAGCGCUUGCGCGCCGAGCUGCACCUGCUGCGCCUGCGCUGCGCGGCCGCGGGCCCGCCGCCCGCGGGCGACGAGUUCCAGCGGCUCGGCUCCGAGCGUGCCGCGCUGCUCUCCGUGGCCGCGCCGCGGGCCCUCGAGGAGCGGCUGCUGCAACUCGACGCGGACGCGGCCGCUGCUGCCGCGGCGGCGCCCCGGCCAGAGCUUUGCCCGUCGCCGCCAGGCGCUGGCCAGCCCGCGGCCGACGAAGAGGACGACCCGUUCGCGGCCAUCGGGGCCGCCCUGGAGCCACGCGAGCCCCUCUUGCCCGCGGGGGCUGGCGGCGAUGGGCCGGCGAGGGCGGCA